AUGGUGCAAAUCGUCAUCUCCAGCAGUGGCACCGGGAGCCUGGCACAGUGGGUGCUGGUGGAGCUGCAGGGCGAGGUGGAGCCCCGGCAGAGCGGGAGCCUGGCCGGGAGCCUCCUGGGAGAUCUGCACUACACCUGUGAGGGCGUCCCUGUGCUCAUCGUGGGCCACCACAUCCUCUAUGGCAAGGUGGUGCAGCUGGAGAAGCCGUUUGCUGUGCUGGUGAAGCAGGGAGGAGCCUCCCAGCCCAGCCCUGGGGAGCCACAGGGGCACUACACCGUCUCCGCCCUCAUCAAAACCAAACUGCUCUUCAAAACCCGCCCCAAGCCCAUCAUCACCCACGUGCCCAAGAAGGUGUGAGGGGGAUGGAUGUGGGCUGUGAACUUCAUUCUGCUGCUGGGAAGAGCAGCAAGGACUGAGAAAGAUCGAGGACCUCAUCCCUGUCGUGCACAGGGAACUCUCAAAGUGAUGGGUUCUGUGUCUGGGCACCCAGAACCCUUCCUGGGUCACUUGUCCCCUCAAAAUGCUGCUUUUCUGAGAACCACAGACCCUGUGGGUCACUCCAGGGGACAUGAGUCCUGAGGGGCAGGGACCUCCUGUGAGCCCAUGCAGGGAUGUCCUAUCUGGGGGCUGCCCUCAAUGCCUGGACUCAGCAGUUCCCAGGGACCCUCAGAGGUGCCAGCAUGGAGAUGUCCCCCUCUACCCCUCCCUGCAUCUGUGAGGACACCAGUGCCAGACAGGGACUCAGCCCCAGUCUUCCUCAAAUCAGGACAGGGGGACCAGGAACCCUCCCCAAAACACAGCACACAUCCUUGAUGCGAGUCUUUAUUUCCACAACUCCAUCAGGAUAUAAAAACAUUUUUUUCCCCUAAAAUAUGAAAAGAAUCCCCCUGGCAGGUUCAAAAAUAAAUAGAUUUACAAACCGUCCAUGACAAUACCAAAGAGCUACAAAAGUCUAAAAAACCUUGUAUUAAGUUAAACAAAAAACAGCUAAAACCUCCAUCGUAGAAAGGGGUUUUCAUCCAAGUCCUGACAAAAAGGACCCAGAGGUUGAUACCCUUGGGAGGGGAAAGGUUGGGAAGCACCUUGCCUAAAUCCCAGUGUCUUCCUACUGUUGAGAAGGCAGUGGGGUGGGAAUGAUGGGGCCAUGAAUUGCCAGAGCACCACCACAGCCCCUUUGAGGGGAAUGCUCCACACAACCCACAGCUCCCCCCAUUUUCCCAGUUUCUCCACACCAGGAUUCCCCCAUUGGCUCUUUGGCAAAGCUGAAGGGACCUGCUGCCCUCCUGGAGCAGCCAGGCCCCCCCAAAAAGGGCUGGAGGGGCUCCCCGUGGGUACGUGCCUGCACGCAGCAGUGGAGCAAAGGCAGCACAAUCCAGCAGUGCUGGCACCAUGCCAGAUGGAGAUGGUGUGUCCUGGGGGUGGGAAGUGCUGUAGCACCGUGGAGGUGGGACUGAAAUCCCUAUAAAAAGCACCAAAAGGUGGAAAAUUCUGGAUUGGGGUGGGGGGAGCGCAGCCAGCAGCGCUCGGCACCAGGAUGCUCCAUAGGGCACAGCAGGGAUGUGGCCAGCGGCACCCAGGUGGGUGAUAGGCAGCCCUGGCUUGGCUUCUCCACGGCCAGCUUGGG